CUCCUAUAAAUUGGACCCCCUCCAUUUAUUUCCAGACAAAAUCAAUACAAAAAAAAAAUCCUCCAAGAACGGAAGAACACAAUGGACAUUGGCUUCUUAAUGUUCUUGUGGAUGUUAUUUGGUAACUAUGUCGUUCAUCUUGAUGCCUCAAUGCAUGUUCAUGCCCUUAACCAGCCGUACCGGACCGGUUAUCAUUUCCAACCUCCCAAAAAUUGGAUGAAUGAUCCAAAUGGACCAAUGUUAUACAAAGGAAUUUACCACUUGUUCUACCAAUGGAACCCAAACGGCGCCGUCUGGGGGAACAUCGUAUGGGGUCACUCCACGUCAACGGACCUCGUCAACUGGGUCCGACACCCUCCGGCGAUAUCUCCGUCUCAGCCGUCUGACAUCAACGGCUGCUGGGCCGGCUCCGCCACGAUCCUCCCAGGGGGCAAACCCGUAGUUUUCUACACCGGCAUGGACCACAUGAACCGGCAAGUCCAAAACCUAGCCGUCCCCAAGAACCUCUCCGACCCAUUUCUCCGGGAAUGGUCCAAGUCACCGGAAAACCCCCUCUUGGCUCCGACCGCCGAUAACGGCAUCGACCCCGACAACUUCCGGGACCCCACCACUGCCUGGCUAGGUCACGAUGGACACUGGCGUGUUAUCAUAGGCAGCAAAAUGGACCGUGGACGUGGACUAGCGAUUCUAUACAAGAGCAAAGACUUCAUCAACUGGGUCAAGUCGCCGGAGCCGUUGCACUCGGACGACGGAACCGGUGUGUGGGAAUGCCCAGAUUUUUUCCCGGUGGCCCGGUCCGGGUCGACCGGAAUCGAUACGUCGUCAUUCGGUACGGCUCCGAGGGUUAAACACGUGCUCAAAAUAAGCGUAGCCGAGUUGGCGCACGACUGUUACACGGUCGGGACGUAUGACCGCACGAGAGACGUGUACGUCCCGGACAAGGGUUUCGUGCGGAACCGUUCGGCUCCGAGGUUCGACUACGGGAAAUUCUACGCGUCGAAAACGUUCUUCGACGCGGCGACUAGACGGAGGAUAUUGUGGGGCUGGGUCAACGAGUCCUCGCCGGAGAAAGAUGAUAUCGAGAAGGGUUGGUCCGGUCUACAGGCGAUUCCAAGGAAAAUAUGGCUGGGUGGAUCGGGGAAGCAAUUGAUACAAUGGCCGAUUAUGGAAAUAGAGAAAUUGCGUGCGAAGCAAGUGAAAUGGCGUAACAAAGUGUUGAUGGAGAAAGGAUCUAUUCUUGAAGUUCAUGGCAUUACAGCUUCACAGGCUGAUGUGGAGGUUUCGUUCGAAGCGCGAGACUUGGAAAAAGCGGACCCGAUCGAACCGGGUUGGACCGACGCACAAUUGAUAUGCAGUCAAGAAAAUGAAUCGGUUAAGACCGGUUUAGGGCCAUUCGGUUUAAUGGUUCUUGCCUCGAAGAACCUGGAAGAGUACACGUCCGUCUAUUUCAGAAUCUUCAAAGCACGUAAUGAUAGCGACGGCUACGUGGUGGUGAUGUGCAGCGACCAAAGCAGGUCGUCGUUGAACAAAAACAACGAUAGAACGACUUACGGGGCAUUUGUGGAUAUCAACCCUUCUUACCAGCCUAUCUCUCUCCGGACCUUGAUUGAUCAUUCGAUAGUGGAGAGCUAUGGAGGGAGAGGGAAGGCGUGCAUAACAUCAAGAGUGUAUCCGAAGAUGGCGAUCGGAGAGAGUUCCCAUCUCUACGUUUUCAACAGAGGCUCCCAAAGUGUUCGUCUUUCGACCCUAAGUGCUUGGAACAUGAAGACUGCCCACAUCAACAUAUGAUCCUAUACGUACCAAUCACCAUUAACACUUUAAUUUAAUAUUCAUAUAUAUAUAUAUAUAUAGAGACCCGUUUAGUGAAAUAAAAUGGAAAUGAUUAGACGCCUAUUUCUUUCGAA